AUGUCUUCUAUGCGAAACGCCGUGCACCGACGGCAGCAUCGUGAGCGAGGCCAGCUCGAGGGACGAGGGAAAUGGGGUAUCCUCGAGAAACACAAAGACUACUCCCUCCGUGCGCAAGACUACAACCUCAAAAAACAAAAACUCGGCCGCCUCCGCGAAAAAGCGCGCGAUCGCAAUGUCGAUGAAUUCGCAUAUGGCAUGUUAUCAGACAAGAAUGCGCGGCAAGGGAAACACGGCACGCGCGAGGCCUCGUCGCUGAGCCAUGAUACGGUCAAGUUGCUUAAGACACAGGAUGCUGGGUAUCUAAGGACGGUGGGGGAGAAGGCCAGGCGGGAGAUGGAGAAGUUGGAGCAGGAGGUUAAGCUGCAGAAAAGUAUGAUGGAGGUGUUGGGGGAGGGGAAGAAAGGCGGGGCUGAUGAUGAGGAGGAGGAAGAGGAAGAGGAUGAUUUUGAUGAGGAUUUGCGUGCCAAAGCGAAAAAGAGAAAGGUGGUUUUUGCGGAGAGCCGUGAGGAUCAGAAAAAGCUCGGGGCGAGGCCUGUUGAUGGUGAUGGGGAGGAUGAGGAUAUGGUGGACGACGAGGGAGAUGAUUCAUUCGGCAAUCAAUCACAGCAAAAGCAGAAGCAGCCCACGAAAAAGCAACUAGAGGCUGAGCAACUGGCUUACAAGCAGAAACGUGCGGCGGACCGUCUGAAACGUCGCGCUGCUGCGAGUCGUGUGAGGAAGCUUGAGGCGUUGAGGAAGCAGCAUGCAGAGAUCACGACGGCGGAGCGAGAGCUGGAUUUGCAGCGUGCUCGAAUGACGAAUUCGAUAGGCGGCGUGAACAAGAAUGGGCUCAAGUGGAAGGUUAAAGAGCGCAAGAGGUGA